GUGAGACUGUCUUUCUCUUUCGCUCCAGCAGUCAUUUUGCUGAAGAAGCUUCGGGGGAGUAGGACGUCAGUGUUGUGAAGGGCAGCCACUUGUUGGCACACUGGCCGUCUGAGAAAUCUGUGAAGCCACUGAUGGCAAACCACGAGCACAUAGCAAUCUAUCACUACGAUAUUGAUAAUGAAAAAGAGGAAGUACAGGAGGUGAUAGAAAUAGAUGAUGGACUGGACAGCUCAAUGUACUCUACUCCUUCAGGACAAGUUCCAGUAUUUGGUAAUCCUGAGAAGACAUGGGUUCCAACAAGAAAGGGUGAUGAUGAAGGAUCUGAAUUAAAGAAAAAGAUGGAAAAAAUUGGAGCUGACCUUAGCGAUACUGUUGAUGAAAAGAAAAAGAGAAUGGAUUCGUAUAUUAAAGGUGUUGUCAAAGACUGUAAGAGGAACAUCAAGCAAUAUUUGAAAUUUCAUGAAGAUGAAGCGCGAGAGUUUAGAAUUGAAUAUACUGAGAAGAUUAUAACUCUGUUUCAGCAAUGGAAUUUCAAUAUAAAGGAAAUUGGAGACGAAGAAGAGAAAUUAUCUGAUGUUUUUUAUCAGAAGCAGAAGACUUUUAAAAGAGCUAGAACACGUCAGAACCACAGCCUGAAAGAAAUUAAGCAAGAGAAUGAGGAGUAUUUAAAGGGUUUGGAAAACUUGGAGGACGGCAGACUACUUAAUAAUGUACGCACUGAAAUUAAAAAACAAAUGUCUGUGUUGAAAAAGAAAAUUGCAGGAAGUUAAAUAUUGAAUUGUAACAGUAUGGAAUAGAAGAGGAGCAAACAUACUUUGCUUUCCUUAAAUAUGGCACUUAACAAAUGUUCUUCUGAUAAGUCUUGAGAAAAACUUGAGCCUGGGUACUAUUAGUUAACUAAGAAACGUGUCUUUUAAAUACCAUCUUUAAUCAUUAGCUUUUUGAAAGUGUGGCACCUCUGUUAUUGUUACUUCCAAAUAAAAUCUAAACAGUUUUGUGACCUA